AUCGCGUUCCUCGUCUCCCACGACAACUCCGGCCACCGGUCGCAGCAACUCCACCUGGCCGACCUCGACUUCAAGGUCGUCCUUCCCGAGGCUCUGAGUGAUGUGGGAUCCUGGCUCCUUCGCUGCGAGUUCGAGGACAGCCUGUGCGGAUGGUCGCAGCCCACGACGGAGGCGGAUUACUCGUGGGUGUUCGCCAAGGCCUCGCCGCACGCUCGCCGCACCGGCCCGAUUACAGGCUACCCCGACGGAGGGCACUCAGGCUUCCUCUUCGCCGACUCCCUCCACGGCGUCGAGGGGAGCACGGCCGAUCUGUUUAGCCCUCCCCUCAUGCUUCCGGGGGGGUCCGACCCGGCGCUCUGCUUCAGGUUCGCCGUAUUCCUGUUCGGCGCCCACGUGGCCAAGGUCUCGGUGCACGUGUUGCAGCGCAUCGGCGACGGCACCCACACGGCCGAGCUGUUCCACGCCGUGGGCGGCAAGGGGCUCAGCUGGAUCCCGACGGGCGUGACGGUGCUGGAGGAGGACCUGGCCGACCCGCGGGCGCCCCUCGUGCUGGUGGUGCGGGCGACGCGCGGCGCCGGACCCGAGGCCGACAUCGCCCUCGACCACGUGUCCGUCCUGCGCGGGGCCUGCCACCGCGACCCCGCCCUCGACGCCAACGUCACCCUCCACGCCGCGCUCGCCCACCCGCACGCCCUUGCCUUCUCCGCCGGCCCCGCCCUCACGCCCGCCCCCAAGAGGCACCUCCCGCAGGCGCAGGAGAGCGACCAGCCUUCCCGCGGGGCCCAGGGCGCGUGCGAGGGCCUGGCGACCUGCACGGAGUGUGUGAGCGACGCCGCCGCGACCUGCAGCUGGUGUGACCUGACCCAGACCUGCCUGACCUCCACGACCCUGCCGGCGAAGGCGUGUCCGGACCACCUCACCGUCCACCACAACACGAGUUCCCAGACCCGCCGAGGGGAGACAUGGUGCCCCCAGCUCCUCCCUCGUCAGGAGAGAGAAGUCCUGGUUGCUGCCGGCUCCUCUCCUGUACUGAGCUUCGCCGUGCAAAACAUUCAGGUGACCCAGACGGACAGCGGUUGGAUCUGCGUCUUCGAGCCGAUGAACGAAGAAAGGACGAAGAGAAGAGAAGAAACGGAGGAAAGAGGAGAGGAGGAGAAGAGAGAAGAGGAGAGGAAAGAGGGAAGAGGGGAGUUCCUGAGCGAGAUUCCGGAAGAAGGAGGAGGAGGAGGAGGAGGAGAGGAGGGAGAAGAGGAGAAGGAGAGUCUGGAGAAGAGGCAGCGAGCCGAGGAGGAGGAAGAGGAGGCGAAGAAGAAGAAGAAAAAGGCGGAAUUGAAGAAAUUGAAGAGGGGAUGGAAGGAAGCGAGAGAGGGCAGCUUGCGUCUGCCGGGACACUUCCAGGGCCGCGUAAUCGACAUGGGCGGCGGCGUGAGCACGGGCGUGGGCGUGGGGACCAUAAUGUGCGGAGACGGCAUCACGGAGCUACGCCCACAUCACGCCCCUUCGGCACCGGCGCCCGCACACGUCCAUUACGCCGUCAGGCUGAUCACGCCCGCGGGGGCGCUGCUGGAUAACCCCGGGGAAGUUAAGUUGGGUGAUCUACAACUGCGAGGUCUUAGCCAACUCAUGCUAUGAAACUGCAUGACCGUCAACGCCUCCCUGUCAUGCGGCUGGUGCGAGAGCUCCCACACAUGCACGGUGCACGCCCACUGCCUAGGGAGCCUGUGGUACGGCCCGGGGCGUACCUGCGAGACAGAGCCGUACCGCAAGGUCGGUGAAGGUCGACCUCGAGAGGAGAAUGUGCUGGACGACGGUUUCGGAGGAUUGGACUACGAGAGGGAGGAAGUCAAGGAGGAUAUAGACCUAGGCACUCUAGAUAACUACUUAGACAGCCCCGAGACCGACAGCGAACUCCCUUACGAGCACGACGAAGCGGAGGCGAGAGACAGGAGGAUGAAGGAGGAAAGGAAGAAGAACAAGAAGAGAAAGAAGAACCUCCGAAGACCCGGCGAAGAUGGAGGAGAGGGAGAGGAAGAAGAGGAAGAAGAGGAAGAGGAGGAGACCCACAACGAAGAGGAGGCGGAGGAGAACAUGAUAAGCGAUGGAAAGCCGGAGAAAAUAGGAAAGCUGGGCGGAAGCAAAAGGUCUGGCAAAACGAAGAUCAAAGGACAGCUAAAGAUGGGCGGAAGAAGCAGGUCGUUCUUGCGUCUUCCUCGGCACCAGGGUCUUUACGUGGCACGAGACGCUUGGAGGCUCCACACAGGUCGUCAGUAUUACGUUCCAGUCACGAAGAAAACACUCGUUAAUCUGGGCUUCGUAAGGCAGGUGACGUACGGCAGCCUGGCGGAGGAAAGGACAAGGACAGUUCUUGUUAACGGGGCUUGGAAGAAGGCAGCGGGUUACUUCGUCGAUCUGUUCGAGAAAUCCGGCCAAGAUCCAGUCACCUCCGUUAUUACCACCAGCAGGAGCGUCUUCGAGCAACUCCUGGGCCAACUCCUUCCCACAGAGCCUUGAAUCCUGCAGGAGUCACCCCCUCCCCCCGACCACAUCCCCCAAUCCCCCCCCCCUAAAAAAAAAAAAAAAAAAAAAAAAAAAUUAACGAAGGACACCCACACAGCAUCCCAGGUCUAAAUUAUUUCGUAGGAGUUGCUUGUAGGAAUCCUUAUAGUAUUGAAGGAUUUUUUUUUUUUCUUUUUAUUGACUAAGAUAUAAGUAAUUUCCUUGGGUUGUUUUUAUUUAUUUAUUUUUUUUAUCAAGUUCUUUUUCAUCAAUGGUUGUUUGCAUUCAUCAUUCAUUGUACGAUAUGAUUAAUAUGCAUAUAUAUUCGACUGGAAGUGUGGUUCUUCUUGCAUAUCUAAAUGUAAUUGACUCGAAAUAUAAGGAUGAAGCUCACCUGAAUUUAACUGUACACAGCUCUAUCUGUUAUUAUCUUUAUAUCUGAACAGGUCUUAGCGUAACCGACAAUGUUCUCCUUAUUUAAAUAUAUGUACAACUUGCAAAGAA